GCGAGGCAUGAUGGGUAUUGCGAAGCUUGGAAUGAAAAUGGCGGCUAGUGAUGUUGUAGUGAAUCAUGAAAAUGAAACAAGUGAUAAAAAGACUAGUGAUAGUUCCGUUAAAGUGAUAUGUCUAGGAGACAGUGCUGUAGGAAAAUCCAAAUUAGUUGAAAGAUUUCUCAUGGACGGAUAUAAACCACAGCAACUCUCUACUUAUGCACUGACACUCUUUCAGUACAAGACACAUGUUGAUGGAACAGAUGUUCGAGUUGACUUCUGGGAUACUGCAGGUCAAGAAAGAUUUAGCAGCAUGCAUCCAUCAUAUUACCAUCAGGCACAUUCUUGUUUACUAGUAUUUGACAUCACAAGAAAAGGGACGUACAAAAAUUUGGCUAAAUGGUAUAAAGAACUUAGAGAUUACAGAGAAAACAUCCCUUGUAUAGUUAUAGCAAACAAAAUUGAUGUCGACUACAAUAUUACACAGAAAAGUUUUAAUUUUCCCAAAAAACAUGGGCUUCCAUUUUAUUUCGUGUCAGCAUCUGAUGGAACAAAUGUUGUUAAGGCUUUUCGAGAAGCAAUAAAACUGGCUGUGAAGUAUAAAGAAAACUCCACAGAUUUUAUGGAUGAAGUUUUACGUGAACUUGAGAAUUUUGAUGACAUGAACCUCAAUCAAGAUGGCUAUGAUUCAUCAGAUAAGAAAAGCAGCGAGGACGAGGGAAAAACAUGAUAUCAACUGUGUUGUGACUUCGUUGGAUGAAACAUGCAACGCUAUUUAUGUCAGUGGACAGAAUAUUUCAACGCAGAGUAAUUUAUUCUCCCUAUUAGAGUUAAAAUUAUUAGCUAUAAAUAUUUAAGAGAUUUACAUUGAAAUGAAUGUAUUGACUGUUAUCUACCUAGCAGUCCUUGGUGACAUCAGAUCAUAUCAGAAAUAUCCACCCCUUUGCUGGAGAAUAAACCAUAACCAUCGACACAGCAAAGUAAUAAGCGAAUUAUCUCAUUCCACCAAACCUUUUCACGGCAAAAGGUAUUCCUCGCCAAACUUCGGCCAGGACAAAAUAAUGUUUGAGUUUUAAAUUGUACAGGAUAUAUAACCAAGUUUCAAUUUCAUUUGUUGUAAAUUACGUGCAAUGUUAUAUACGAUAUAUCAAUUAUGUCACAUGCAGGGAAUUAGGGACGCGUGCCUUCAUGAUAGCAUCAAACUUUAAAAUUCAAACUGUGCUUAAUCUAUAAAACUGUCUUUUUCACUUAAUUUGAAUUUUAAAAAAUGUUUAUCUUAAUGCAAUUUUCUAGUUAUUAAAACUAUUCUUCACUUUAAACAUAUAACAAAUUUUAAGUUCUUAAAGGUCGUGAUAUGAUUAUUUCGUGUACAAUAUUACGUAAUUAGAUUGGCUUUUUCGUACAGUGUAAAAUGUACUCUACCAAUUGCUGUAAACAUUUUUUCUGGCAACACUACAAUCUUAAGUUAUGAAAAAUUGUCUCUGAAAAUUAGAGUUAAAAUAAGUUAAUUUAAAAGGCAGUUUCAUAGAAUCCCAAUUUGAGUUUUAGAAUUUUAUGGCGCCAUGAUCACGUAAACUAUGUUUCGACUUCCAAACCUUGCGUACUCUUUAGUGGUGAACCGUUAACUUUCUCCUACAACAGUGUAUGUUUGUCGUAUAGAAUGUAACUAGGAUGGUGAUGAGAACUUCGAGGUUGAUCAUUUAGGAGAAAAUUAUUCUACUUAACAGAAACUUAAGUCAAGAAAAACGUAUUACAUGUAAAUACAGUAUGGACGAUUUCAGGUACGAUUCUGUAAGAUGUAUUCAAACCUUUGUAUGAAAAUGAGGUUUGGAUUGACUACGAGACGAUACAGAUCAAAACUGGUUUGAAAACAAAAGAUCGCAAUUGAAAAGAGGGAAGGUAUGUUAACAACAAAGUCAACUCUAGCCUCGCCUCUGCUCAGAGGCUUGAAUUGAAUGGGCUACAGUGAAGUAGAAGAGUUUCCGGUGAAUGUACUCGUUUGAAGUAUCUUCCUGUAGAAUUGUUUUCUAUUUGCGUCGUUGCUAUUGUUGUUGUAGUGUUUUCAAGCUAGUCAAGAACAAAAUCAACAUUGCACUUUUAUACUCUGGGUUGUCGUUAGCUCGCUGUGAUCCACUCCAUUUUUGUUGUUUGUUGUGAUUCAUCGGCGAAAUGUGAUUAGUUUGGGUUUGGGUUCCAGGCAGUCACUAGAUACUCACUUCAUCACAGAACAAGCGAACAAGCUUGUAGCCAACACAACUCUAAAUUGAGUAACUGUCACUGAAAAGAAUCAGCUUUGUAGGUAAUUUUUGAGUAUUACUGUAUGUGGAGACUGGAGGAGUGAAAAUUUUCCUUCUUAUUGAGUCCAUGUCGACUUCAAGUGAAGGUAAUUCAUUUAAAAAUUGCUGGAAGUAAAUCAACGAAUUUAUAACUGGGUAUUUGUUUUCUAGUGUACAAGGAGCCUUGUUAUCGGUAAUCUUCAGCUGUAGUAUUUGUAAGUUGCCUUUUGCUUCUUGUUUUUUUGUUAGUAGCUUUUUUUGCCUUAUGUCUGCCAGUACAUGAUGUCCUCUUUUCUUGUAAAAAUAGUUGUUGUUUUAUUAAACCCUAUUAGCACGUCAAAGUUUAACCCUUUUCACGGCCGGAGUGCGAAUGUCCGUUACGGAGGUAACAGAUAAGUGAUUGAUCACCAACAAGGUGAUUUAGAUUAAAACGUACUAGAGGAGGUAGUUUUCUUUACUUUAGUUGUUUAGUAUCAAUUGCCUUUGUAUGAUUAGCAGUUUGUUCAAGGGAAUCUUGCAGCACGCUCUUAAAAAAUCAGAGCGAGUAAUCCUUUUUGGCCAAUGAGAUGAGACCGACUUUCUUCGCGUUUAGCAUUAGUUGCUAGCAGUUGCAUGUUUCUAUUUUAUAGAACUCUAAUUGUUGCCUAGGAAAUCGUGGUGGAGUCUCUUGGUUAACUCUUUGUAGCACUGAUCCUUCGUAGCCGUUACUUGGGUCCUCAAAAUGCUUCACGGAGCUGUAUACCAUUUUAGAACGGAGCUCUCUCCUAACUGGUUAACACGGUGUUAAAAUUUCUCCCUAGACGGGGUUUACAACCUUAGGUCUGAAACAAAAUCUCCUUUCUUUUUCGAAUGUCUUUGUUGUUGCCUUCUCCACCAUCAGACAACUUAUUAGCGAAAAAAUUAGCGACAAACUUCCUGAUACAAAAUUAGUUUUCAGUGCGCGUCAAAUUGAAGGAUCUUUUUUUCCUGCUAAGGAUCCCGGUUUCUCUGCGGGACCAACCAAGUAAUGGCUGCGGAGGUAAUGAAUCUCAACAACGUUUUAAAAGUUUGGUUUGAAGUGGAAUGAAGCAAACGGUAGCGCUGGAGCGCUUUGUGAGACUUACACUUCAAGCGAUAGAAUAUGGAAACACUUUCCUCUUUUUCUUGUUGCACGCUUACAGCCAGCUUUGUCGGAUAAACCGCUUGAAAACUGCCUUAUCGUUUUACGUUUUGUUCCCGGUGAUGAACUGCUAGUCUUACUGGUAGUUAUUACAAGCAUUUUCUAAUGCUCUGUUGUACUGUAUAUGUUAACGAAAAUCUGCAUUUUCCACCGUAGUUCUAGCGUAUAGAUGUGUAAAAAGCCAAAAAUCUGAAUGACAAAUCAGAGUGUACAAUGUAAAUGUCUGUAAUAAAUUGUAAGUACAAAACGAUGUAAAAUAAAAUAGGUUACUCUCCGGAAAGAAGGAACUUGA